AUGGCUACUCCUACUCGGGUAUUAUUCCUCGCUAAUAGCGAGCAUGGCCAGACAAACAUCAUCCUGGCCAUCACCCAUGAGCUCCUUGUCCGAGGAGAUGUGGACGUCCAUAUUGCCUCAUUCCCCGCGCUGGAGGGACGGGUGAACAAACUCUUGAAUGACAAUGCUGCUUCAUACAAUGACUCUUUUCGUUCUCGCAUACAUUUCCAUCCCAUUCGCGGCCCAUCCAAUACAGCUGUUUUCAUUCGCACAGGCAAGCGAGGAGCGUUCCACCCUCCUGGCUACAGCGGCGCCGUGCUUGGCUUCCAGUCCCUAUGCGAGGACAUCUGGGGCUGGACAGAAGACGAAUAUGUCGACAUCUACCAGUGCUGCAUGGAAAUCAUCAAGUCCGUCCAGCCUUCGGUGAUUGCAGCCGACUUUUUCUUUCUGCAGGGCCGCGAUGCCGCUUACAACGCUGGGUACACGGCCAUCUUGAUCAACACCACAUCCCUUACUCAUAUCGUCCUCGGCCUGCAGCCGCAUUCCGCUGCUUUGUGGAAGUAUCCUUUACCCGGAACGGGAUUCCCCUUCCCCCUUCCUCCCCACCUCAUCCCGCUCAAUGCCCUCGCCGUUCUCAAAACGGCUAAAAUGUACCAUGGCAGCGGCCGCCGCCGAGAAAUCCGCGAAUGGCGCAUCCGGCACAAGAUCCAUGGUCGCUUCCCCUUUGCGGAUGCCUGGCGGCCGGACCGCUUCCAUCUGUCGCCGGCGUUGAAAGAGCUGGACUGGCCCAUGGACGUGCCAGAUAACAUCCUCCCUUGUGGACCAAUCCUUCUUCCCACUGCAUCUGUCGAGAAACAGGACCCAGAACUUGCAAGCUGGCUGCGUAAGGCGCCGACUGUUCUGGUGAAUCUGGGAACGCUGUAUGCGCCAGAUCCGAAAGUAGCGGAGAACAUUGCCCGAGGACUGAAGAUGUUCCUCGCCUCUUGGAAGGGAGAGAAGGUUCAGAUUCUGUGGAAGUUGCCCAAACAUCCACAUGACGAGGAUAAUGUCUACGCUCAAUCGAUCAAGCCCCUUCAGGCAGAGGUCCAGGCGGACAGCGCCCGAAUCCGACCCUGGUUCGAGGUUGAGCCCAUGGCCAUGCUGCAGACCGGGCAGAUCGUCUGCUCUGUUCACCAUGGUGGUGCGAACUCGUGGUAUGAAGCAAUUCAAAACGGUGUCCCCCAUGUGGUACUUCCUGCGUGGCAAGACUGCUACGAGAAUGCAGCUCGCGCCGAAUGGCUCGGGAUUGGUGUUUAUGGCAACAAGAGCCGUGCACCUAACAUUGAUGCCAAAGAGCUGAGCAAGGCGUUGCUCAAGGUCAUGGGCAACACGUCGUACAAGACCAAGGCACUCGAGCUGGCCAAGCUCUGCCAUAAGAAGGAGGGACGUGUAGCGGCUGCCGAGAAGAUUGUCGAGCUUGCCCUCCACCCGGACAAAAUGGCGAUGCACAUGCCAGAGGUGAAGGUGGAAGACACCAAGUGUCCUCUCUACGAGGUCAAGAAUCGUGCGGGUAUGGUGCUACAAACAGCGCAAGCCCCUGAAACCAAGAGCAAAUCUGCCCGAGGGGUACCAAUUCUGAGAGAUAUGAAAGAAACCCUCGUUGUGGCUGCACUAUGCAACACCUGGUUUCUUCUCCCUCUAAUCGGCUACUCACUUCUCCUCGUCCCUCGUCUGCGCCUCUUCGUCCUCCUCUACAUCAUCUACAUCAAAUACCUCGCCAAAGCACACAAAACCGGCACAUUAUCUCUUCGACAUGACAGAUUCCGCACAUCCUGGAUCUGGAAGGCCUACGCCUCCUACUUCCCCCUCCGCCUCUAUCGCUCUGCGCCUCUCUCUCCCCGCAAAAAGUACAUCUUCGGCUACCAUCCCCACGGCAUCGCCCUCCGAGGGGCACUGGGCGCCCUUGCCGCGGACCCGGUCGGCUUCUCGCACCUCUUCCCGGGCAUCACGAACACCCUCUUGAUGAAAGACGAGUCGUUCUACCAACCGCUGUACAGGGAGUACCUCCUCUGCACCGGGGUCAGUGGCGUGUCCCGCUCCUCGUGUAUACGCCACCUCACGCGGGGCGGGCACGACGGCCGGGGCAUGGGCCGUGCGAUUACCAUCACCGUGGGCGGCAGCCGCGAGUAUAACAUUGCCCGGCCGGGAACAAUGGGCGUGGUGGUCAAAAUCCGCAAGGGAUUUGUGCGGGUGGCGGUCGAGACGGGGGCGGACAUUGUCCCUGUCAUUGCGUUCGGGGAGAACGAGCUGUUCGAUUGCGUGCAUGUAUCCUCCUCGUUUGGUCUGGGGCUUGUGGCUAGAGCCUGGGAAUGGGCUGUUGGGCACAAGGUGGCGUUUUCUACGGGGCGGUUCAACGUGUUCUGUCCGUAUCGACGGCCGUUGAAUGUUGUUGUGGGGAAGCCGAUUGCCGUUACGCAGCAGCGGUGGGAUCCCGAUCAGAAGUAUAUUGAUCAGUUACAUGAGGAGUAUAUCAGGGAGCUGAAGAAGUUGUGGGAUGAUUGGAAGGAUGCUUUUGGUACAGACCGGUCUGUGCGGUUCGAGGUUGUGGAGUAG